AAUGACAAUGACAUUUGCCGGUGAAUUUCAGCGGUGCAAAGUGUUUAUUUACAAAUAAUUUGUUUUAACUUCGCUUUUGUUAAUUAUCCACAAAAUGUUGAGCUCAGACAGUGAUAUGAGUGAUCUAGAGAUAUUAUUUGAUUUAUCCGACUGGGACGAGAGUGAAAUCGAUACCACUGACGACGAAAAUGAGCCAGUCCGUGUUUACAAGGAACGAGUUAAUUAUAUCAAAACUUUAGACGCUCACGAAUUUGUUCUAAGAUUUCGCGUCAGCAAAACACUAGUAGAAAGUUUACUAACAGAAAUUUAUCCACAUCUCAAUGAUUUAGGCUCAAGAAAUGUUGAUAUGUCUCCAUUACAUCAGUUGCUACUGACGUUAAGGUUUUAUGCUCUAGGAUCUCUGGUAUCUGUAGGGCAGUUCAUUGGUGUGUCCAAGUCGUUAGCAAAUCAAAUUGUACGAGAUGUGAGUUGUGCGAUAACUCAUUUGUAUAGCAAGUAUGUUUGUGUCAAUAAUACAACUGAUAAAUUUUACAAAAUUGCUCGCUUCCCACAUGUUCUUGGAGUGAUCGACUGCACACAUAUUAAGAUACACAUCACAAGAGUUCGCCGUAUAACAGAAGAUUACAGAAACAACACAGGCUCAUACUCAAUUAAUGUGCAAGCUGUUUGUGAUGCUAACCUCAUGUUUAUGAAUAUAGAGUCAAAAUGGCCAGGAUCGACUGAUGAUGCUACUAUUUUUCUCAAUUCUGUGUUAAAAGUGCAAUGUGAAAGAAAAGUAUAUGGUAAUAAAUGGUUGCUCGGAGAUAAUGCAUAUCCUUUGAAACCAUACCUAUUGACACCAAUAUUGAAUCCACAAAGCAGAAGUGAAGAGCUUUAUAACCAGUCACAUAAUACAACAAGAGAUUGUAUUGUACAAUGCUUUAAGCUUUGGAAGAGGAGAUUUCCAGCAUUAGGAUUUAUAAUACGAACAAGUGUCAUAAGUGCUAAUGCAGUCAUAUUAGCAACAGCUAUACUUCACAAUAUUUGUAUCACAAGCAACGUGGACGAUGUACCACCUGAAGUAAAGAUUCCAUAUGAAGAGGUAGUGCCAGUCUCAGAUGUUUUGGAUGUUCCCAAAAAUGCAGAACUCGAAGCAUUACUUGCCAAUCAUUUUAAUGAAGAAAUGUAAUAGAAAAAAAUGUGCAAUUAUUGUUGUUGCAUAGUUUUUAAUUUAACUACACAUGAUGUCUUUUCCACUACAUUGACAUUGGCUGAAUUAUUGCGAAGCAAUCAUAGUAGAAAGUGCCAUAGACAAGAAAGAAAGUUUAAUAAUUUUAUUGGAAUAUUAUAUUUACUUUACUUGGUAACAGUAUAGUAAAAUUAAAGUUAUAUGUAAAAAAUCAA